GCGAGAGAGUGUCUGUUGUGUGUAAACUGUCUGUGCGCGCGGAUUAUUCAUUCACACGGACCACCGAAUCAUCUGUACUGUGAUUUUUACUGCAGCUUUAGGACUUUACCUCUCUCAUUCUCUGUUGGCCAGUUCAUUGACUUCAGGACAAAACUCAAAAAGUGAAUCAUGACCCAGUUUAACAAGGGACCAGCCUACGGGUUAUCUGCGGAGGUUAAAAACAAGAUCGCACAGAAAUAUGACCUACAGAAGGAGGAGGAGCUUCGUUUCUGGAUCGAGGAGGUGACUGGCAUGCCGAUCGGAGACAGCUUUCAGAAAGGCCUUAAGGAUGGCGUCAUACUGUGCGAAUUGAUAAACAAGCUUCAGCCUGGAUCAAUAAAGAAAAUAAACCAUACACAGUUAAACUGGCAUAAGCUAGAGAACCUUGGGAAUUUCAUCAAAGCCAUCCUAGCCUACGGGCUGAAGCCCAACGACAUCUUUGAGGCCAACGACCUCUUCGAAAAUGGGAACUUGACGCAAGUUCAGACCACACUUCUAGCUUUGGCCAGUAUGGCAAAGACCAAAGGCAUGGAAACAAAUGUCGACAUUGGCGUGAAAUACGCAGACAAGCAGCAGAGACAUUUUGAUGAGGAGAAAAUGAAGGCUGGCCAGUGUGUCAUCGGACUUCAGAUGGGAACCAACAAAUGCGCAAGCCAGGCAGGUAUGACUGCCUAUGGGACCAGGAGACACCUUUACGACCCCAAGACACAGACAGAGAAACCUUACGACCAGACCACCAUCAGCUUGCAAAUGGGCACCAAUAAAGGAGCCAGCCAGGCUGGUAUGUCUGCCCCAGGCACCAGGAGGGACAUCUAUGACCAGAAGGCAGCUCUGCAACCAGUUGACAACUCCACUAUCUCAUUGCAAAUGGGAACCAAUAAGGUGGCCUCUCAGAAGGGCAUGAGCGUGUACGGGUUGGGACGGCAGGUUUACGACCCCAAGUAUUGCGCCACCCCCACGGAGCCCAUGAUCCACGCCAAUGGCAGCCAGGGCACAGGCACGAAUGGCUCAGAAAUCAGCGAUAGUGACUAUCAGGCUGAAUAUCAGGAGGAGGAGUACCAGGGCGAAUACCACGAUGAGUACAGAGGGCACUACAACGACCAGGGUAUCGACUACUAGAGAACUCUGCUGCGCUGUUAGUCAAAGCAGUAUUAACACCAACCAUGUAUAUCAACAGAGCAAGUUUUUUUUUGCAAUUCCUUUUGCUUCUCACAGUUACCCUUCCCCUCCCAGCGCAUGUGUUUGGGUAAAAUGAUCGUGAGUGGUGAGAUAUAAUCUACAAUCUGCCAUCCUAGAGGUGCGGUCACAUUUACCGUAGCUCAAGUGAAAUUUUGCGGGUGAAAUCCAGUCAUUCCAAUUGGAGUCCUCUUGAGUUUUGCUUGAGGGCAAAAAAGUUCCCCAUGCAAAUUUCACUCAUGUUUAAGCUGCUUGGUUUGAAAGUGAGUUCUGUUUACGUGGUGCCUUAUACAUCGCUACACUAUUGACAAGAGACAAUGGACCUUUUUUUGCCUGCAAAAUUUCUCUGAAAUAUCGCUAAUGUGACCACAUUAACAAUGGUGAAACUGAUCUUUUAUCAUUUUUUAAGUGUUUUUUAUGAAGUAUGGAGAACUGUAAAGAGAAUUACCUAGUUUUUGCAGUAUGAUUAUUUGUUUUAUGCCCUAUGCCUUGUCUUUUGAGUUUUAUUUUGGCCUUGCAUCACAGAAAAUCAGUAUCGCUAGUUUUAAAGCUAAUCCACCAUUGAAAUCCCGCUCUUACAGACUGCUAUGGACUGAAAGCCUUCCGAAGACAUUCCUUCCUUAGUCAUUCCAUUUAGAAUUCCAAAUGCCUGGAAAUUUUACAAGCUACAAAUGUUAGCAUUUUAAAGAUUAGCUGACUGGACGACCAAAAACUUUUCGCUAUUGCUUAGUUUUUUGUGCCAUGAUUUAAAAAAAAAAAAAAUUCUUUCCCAUUGUAUUUAUUGCCCUGCUUUUCAUUAUAAACCUUCUGUUAUAUGGUUCUUUUAUGAAUAAAUUUUAUGUUAUAAAUAAAGUA